GUUUCCCUCCCCCAGGAUGAGGCUGCGGCUCCUGGUGGCUGCGCUCUGCGCGGGGAUCCUGGCAGGGGCUCCCCGAGUGUGGGCCCAGCACAGGGAGAGAGUGAGCUGCACGCGUCUUUACGCUGCUGACAUCCUGUUCCUACUCGACGGCUCCUCGUCCAUUGGCAGAAGCAACUUCCGCGAAGUGAGGGGUUUCCUUGAGGGACUGGUGCUGCCCUUCUCCGGGGCAGCCGGUGCACAGGGUGUGCGCUUCGCUGCCGUGCAGUACAGCGAUGACCCACGGACAGAAUUUGGCCUGGAUGCGCUUGGCUCAGGAGGUGAUGUGAUCCGUGCCAUCCGAGAGCUCAGCUACAAGGGAGGCAACACGCGCACAGGAGCUGCAAUUCUCCACGUGGCUGACCGUGUCUUUCUGCCCCAGCUGGCCCGACCUGGUGUUCCCAAGGUCUGCAUCCUCAUCACAGAUGGGAAGUCCCAGGACCUGGUGGACACAGCUGCCCAGAGGCUGAAAGGGCAGGGAGUCAAGCUGUUUGCUGUGGGGAUCAAGAAUGCCGACCCUGAGGAGCUGAAGCGAAUCGCCUCACAGCCGACCAGCGAUUUCUUCUUCUUCGUCAACGACUUCCACAUCUUGAGGACGCUACUGCCUCUUGUUUCCCGGAGGGUGUGCACAACUGCAGGUGGCGUGCCUGUGGCUCUGCCCUCCGAUGACUCAACCUCUGGUCCACGAGACCUGGUGCUGUCUGAGCCAGGCAGUCAAUCCUUGAGAGUACAGUGGACAGCGGCCAGUGGCCCUGUGACUGGCUACAAGGUCCAGUACAUGCCCCUGACGGGGCUGGGACAGCCACUGUCGAGUGAGCGGCAGGAGGUGAGCGUCCCAGCGGGUGAGACCAGCGUGAGGCUGCAAGGCCUCCGGCCACUGACUGAGUACCAAGUGACGGUGGUUGCCCUCUACGCCAACAGCAUCGGGGAGGCCGUGAGCGGGACAGCUCGGACCACUGCUCUGGAGGGACCGGAGCUGACCAUCCAGAACACCACAGCCCACAGCCUCCUGGUGGCCUGGCGGAAUGUGCCAGGUGCCACUGGCUACCGCGUGACAUGGCGGGUCUUCAGUGGUGGGGCCACGCAGCAGCAGGAGCUGGGCCCUGGGCAGGGGUCAGUGUUGCUGCGUGACCUGGAGCCUGGCACAGACUAUGAGGUGACCGUGAGCGCCCUGCUUGGCCGGAGCGUGGGGCCUGCCACCUCCCUGACUGCCCGCACCGACACUUCUGUUGAGCAGACGCUGCGUCCCAUCAUCCUGGGCCCCACAUCCAUCCUUCUCUCCUGGAACUUGGUGCCUGAGGCCCGCGGCUACCGGCUGGAGUGGCGGCGUGAGAGUGGCUUGGAGGUGCCACAGAAGGUGGUGCUGCCCUCUGACGUGACCCGCUACCAGUUGGAUGGGCUGCAGCCAGGCACUGAGUAUCGCCUCACACUCUACACGCUGCUAGAGGGCCGCGAGGUGGCCACGCCUGCAACUGUGGUCCCCCCUGGGCCAGAGCUGCCCGUGGGCCCUGUGACAGACCUACAGGCCACCGAGCUGCCUGGGCAGCGGGUGCGAGUGUCCUGGAGCCCAGUUCCUGGCGCCACCGAGUAUCGGAUCACCGUGCGCAGCAUCCAGGGGGUCGAGCGGAGCCUGGUGCUUCCCAGGAGUCAGACAGCUUUUGACUUGGAUGACGUCCGGGCUGAGCUGAGCUACACAGUGCGGGUGUCAGCUCGAGUAGGCACCCGAGAGGGUGGUGCCAGCAUCCUCACUGUUCGCCGGGAGCCAGAAACCCCACUUGCCAUCCCAGGGCUGCGGGUAGUGGCGUCAGACGCAACGCGAGUGAGGGUGGCCUGGGGACCUGUCCCUGGAGCCAGUGGAUUUCGGGUUAGCUGGAGGACAGACAAUGGUCUGGAGUCCAGCCAGACAUUGCCCUCAGAGUCUACUGCCACAGAUAUCAUGGGGCUGAGACCUGGAACCUCCUACCGGGUGGCUGUGUCGGCAUUGCGAGGGAGAGAGGAGGGCCCACCUGCGAUCACCGUGGCUCGAACUGACCCACUGGGCCCAAUGAAGACAGUCCGUGUGACUCAUGUCAGCAGCUCAUCUGUCACCAUCACCUGGAGCAGGGUUCCUGGUGCCACAGGAUACAGGGUCUCCUGGCACUCAGGCCACGGCCCAGAGAAAUCCCAGUUGGUUUCUGGGGAGGCCACAGUGGCUGAGCUGGAUGGGCUGGAGCCAGAUACCGAGUACACAGUGCAUGUGUGGGCCCGUGUGGCUGGUGUGGAUGGGACCCCUGCCUCUGUGGUUGUAAGGACUGACCCUCAGCCCGUGGGCAGUGUCUCGAAGCUGCAGAUCCUCAAUGCUUCCAGUGAUGUUCUGCGGGUCACCUGGGUGGGGGUCACUGGAGCCACAGCUUACAGACUGGCCUGGGGCCGGAGCGAGGGUGGCCCCACGAGACAGGAGAUGCUCCCGGGAAACACGGACUCCGCAGAGCUACGGGGCCUCGAAGGCGGAGUCAGCUACUCAGUGAGAGUGACUGCACUUGUGGGGGACCGUGAGGGCGCACCUGUCUCCAUUGUCGUCACCAUGCCGCCUGAGGAGGCUCCACCAGCCCUGGAGACACUUCGUGUAGUGCAGCGAGGGGAGCACUCGCUGAGGCUGCGCUGGCAGCCGGUGCCCGGGGCACGCGGCUUCCGUCUGCGUUGGCGACCUGAGGGUGGCCAGGAACAGUCCCGGGUUCUGGGGCCGGAACUCAGCAGCUAUGAACUGGACGCACUGGAGCCAGCGACCCACUACCGUAUAUGGCUGAGUGUCUUGGGGACAGCUGGAGAAGGGCCCCCCUCAGAAGUAACUGCAUACACUGAGUCACCGCGUGUCCCAAGCACUGAACUGCAUGUUGUAGACACCUCAGUCGACUCAGUGACUCUGGCCUGGACGCCGGUGUCUGGGGUAUCCAGCUACAUCCUAUCCUGGCAGCCACUGAAAGGCCCUGGCCAAGAAUUGCCUGGGGCCUCACAGACACUUCCGGGAAUGUCAAGCUCCCAGCGGGUGACAGGGCUAGAGCCUGGCAUCUCCUACAUAUUCUCCCUGACACCUGUCCAGGAGGGUGUACAGGGUCCUGAGGCCUCUGUCACACAGACCCCAGUGUGUCCCCACGGCCUGAUGGACGUGGUGUUCCUGCUGCAUACCACUCGAGACAAUGCUCAUCGCGCAGAGGCUGUGAAGCGAGCCCUGGAGCAUCUGGUGUCUGCACUUGGGCCUCUUGGGCCACAGGCCAUCCAGGUUGGCCUCCUGUCCUACAGUCACCGGCCCUCCCCACUGUUCUCGCUGAACAGCUCCCAUGACCUCGGUGUCAUCCGGCAGAAGAUCCGCAACAUCCCCUACACAGACCCAAGUGGGAACAACCUGGGCACAGCUGUGGUUACAGCUUACAGAUACCUGUUGGCACCAGAUGCCCCUGGACGACGCUGGCACGUGCCGGGGGUGAUGGUUCUACUGGUGGAUGAGCCCUUGAGAGGUGACAUCUUCAGCUCUAUCCGUGAGGCCCAGGCUGCUGGGCUCAAAGUGAUGAUGCUGGGCCUGGCAGGAGCUGACCCAGAACAGCUGCGUCGCUUGGUGCCGGGCAUGGACUCUGCCCAGACCUUCUUCGCCGUGGAUGAUGGUCCAAGCUUGGACCGGGCAGUCAGUAGUCUGGCAACAGCCCUGUGUCAGACGGCUUUGACCACCCAGCUACAGCCAGAGCCUUGCUCGGUGCAUUGUCCAAAGGGCCAGAAGGGGGAACCCGGAGAGAUGGGGCUGAAAGGACAAGCCGGGCCUCCUGGCCCCACCGGCCUCCCGGGCAGGAUGGGUGUUCCUGGCCCCCAGGGACCUCCUGGAAGUACCAUUGCGAAGGGUGAGAGGGGCUUCCCUGGGGCAGAUGGGCCUCCAGGCAGCCCUGGCCACCCUGGGACUCCUGGAACCCCCGGCCCGAAGGGCUCCCCAGGGUGGCCCAGUCCUCGUGGAGAACCAGGAGAGCGAGGGCCUCGAGGCCCAAAGGGGGAGCCGGGAGAGCCUGGACGAGUCAUUGGAGGUGAGGGCCCAGGGCUUCCUGGGCAGAAGGGGGACCCUGGACCUCCAGGUCCCCCUGGAUCUCGUGGCCCAUUGGGAGACCCAGGACCCCGUGGUCCCCCAGGAUUUUCUGGAACAGCUGUGAAGGGUGAGAAAGGUGAUCGUGGGGAGCGGGGCCCCCCUGGACCAGGUGACGGCAGCGUUGCUUUAGGGGAGCCUGGGCUGCCGGGUCUUCCUGGAAGCCGUGGACCCCAAGGCUCAGUUGGCCCCCCUGGAGAAAAAGGAGAAAAGGGUGACUGUGAAGAUGGAGCCCCAGGCCUUCCAGGACAACCUGGGACCCCGGGUGAGCCGGGCCUACGGGGACUUCCUGGAGACACUGGCCCCAAAGGUGACCAAGGACUAACAGGGGCCAUGGGUGAGACUGGAGAAAAGGGCGAACGUGGAUCCCCUGGCCCAGCGGGACCACAGGGUCCCCCAGGAGUUGCUGGACGUCCUGGACCUGAGGGUCCUGAAGGGCCACCAGGACCCACUGGCCGCCGAGGAGAGAAGGGGGAGCCUGGUCACCCUGGGGACCCCGCAGUGGGACCUGGGGGUGCUGGAGCUAAAGGAGAGAAGGGAGACGUAGGGCUCCCUGGGCCCAAAGGAGCUACUGGAGUCAAAGGGGAACGGGGCCCACCUGGCUUGGUUCUUCCUGGGGACCCUGGCCCCAAGGGAGACCCUGGAGUCCGGGGUCCCAUUGGCCUCACUGGCAGAGCAGGACCCCCGGGUGACUCAGGGCCUCCCGGAGAGACGGGAGACCCUGGGCGUCCUGGUUCCCCAGGACCCAUCGGCCCCCGAGGACGAGAUGGUGAAGUUGGAGAGAAAGGUGACGAGGGUCCCCCGGGUGAACCAGGUUUGUCUGGAAAAGCUGGCGAGCGUGGCCUUCGGGGGGCACCUGGAGCUCGGGGGCCUGUGGGUGAGAAGGGAGACCAGGGAGAUCCUGGAGAGGAUGGACGAAACGGGAGCCCUGGACCAUCUGGACCCAAGGGUGACCAUGGGGAGCCAGGUCCCCCAGGACCCCCUGGACGGCUGGUGGACACGGGACUUGGAGUCAGAGAGAAGGGAGAGUCUGGGGACCGUGGACAGGAGGGUCCUCGAGGACCCAAGGGUGACCCCGGCCCCCCUGGAGCUUCUGGGGAGAGAGGCAUCAGUGGACUUCGGGGGCCGCCAGGCCCACAGGGGGACCCAGGUGUUCGAGGCCCAGCAGGAGAAAAGGGUGACCGGGGCCCCCCUGGCCUGGAUGGCCGCAGUGGACUGGAUGGGAAACCAGGAACCCCUGGUCCCCCUGGGCUGCCUGGUGCUAUAGGCAAGGCUGGGGACCCAGGGAGAGACGGACUUCCUGGCCUUCGAGGAGAACAGGGCCCCCCUGGCCCCUCUGGUCCCCUUGGAGCACCGGGAAAGCCAGGCGAGGAUGGCAAGCCUGGCCUGAACGGGAAAAACGGAGGACCUGGGGACCCUGGAGAAGAUGGGAGGAAGGGAGAGAAGGGAGAUUCGGGCGCUCCUGGGAGAGAAGGUCAUGAUGGCCCCAAGGGUGAGCGAGGAGCUCCUGGUAGCCCUGGACUCCAGGGCCCCCCGGGCCUCCCAGGGCAGGUUGGCCCUUCUGGCCAGGGUUUCCCUGGUGUUCCGGGAGGUUCGGGCUCCAAGGGUGACCGUGGGGAGACUGGACCCAAAGGGGAGCAGGGCCUCCCAGGAGAGCGUGGCCUGAGAGGAGAGCCUGGGAGCGCGGCGAAUGUGGAGCGGUUGCUGGAAAAUAUUGGCAUCAAGACAUCUGCCCUGCGGGAGAUCGUGGAGAGCUGGGAAGAGAGCUCUGGCAGCUUCCUGCCUGUGCCUGAACGGCGUCGUGGCCCCAAGGGAGACCCAGGAGAGCGGGGCCCCCCAGGCAAGGAGGGCCCCACUGGCUUUUCUGGAGAACGCGGGCCGAAGGGAGAUCGUGGAGACCCCGGCCCUCAGGGGCCACCUGGCCUGGCCCUUGGGGAAAGGGGCCCCCCUGGACCUGCCGGCCUUGCUGGGGAACCUGGAAAGCCUGGUAUCCCUGGGCUCCCAGGCACGGCUGGGAGUGUGGGAGAGGCAGGGAGACCAGGAGAGAGGGGAGAACGGGGAGAGAAAGGAGAACGUGGAGAACAGGGCAGAGACGGCCCUCCUGGCCUCCCUGGACCCCCUGGACCCCCUGGCCCCAAGGUGACCAUGGACGAGCCAGGUUCUGGACUCUCUAGAGAACCAGGACCCCCUGGACUCAAGGGUGCUAAGGGGGAGCCAGGCAGUGACGGCAACCGAGGCCCCAAAGGAGACAGGGGUGAGCCAGGCAUCAAGGGAGACUGGGGAGAGCCUGGACAGAGGGGUCAAAAUGGCAGCCCGGGUCUACCAGGAGAGCGUGGUGUGGCUGGGCCUGAGGGGAAGCCGGGUCUGCAAGGUCCGAGGGGGACCCCUGGCCCAAUGGGUGGCCAUGGAGACCCUGGACCACCCGGUGCCCCGGGUCUUGCUGGCCCUGCGGGACCCCAGGGACCUUCUGGCCUGAAGGGGGAGCCCGGAGAGACAGGACCACCAGGACGGGGCCUGCCUGGACCCACUGGAGCUGUGGGACUUCCUGGCCCCCCUGGCACUUCAGGCCUUGUGGGUCCUCAGGGGGCACCAGGUUUGCCUGGACAAGUGGGGGAGACGGGGAAGCCGGGAGUGCCAGGUCGUGAUGGUGCCAGUGGGAAGGACGGAGACAGAGGAGCCCCUGGCGUGCCGGGGUCACCAGGUCUGCCUGGCCCUGUUGGACCUAAAGGAGAGCCUGGACCCAUGGGCACCCCUGGACAGGCUGUGGUCGGGCCCCCUGGAGCAAAGGGAGAGAAGGGCGCCCCUGGAGGCCUUGCUGGAGACCUGGUGGGAGAGCCGGGAGCCAAAGGUGACCGAGGACUGCCGGGGCCGCGAGGCGAGAAGGGUGAAGCUGGCCGUGCUGGGGAGCCUGGAGAUCCUGGUGAAGAUGGUCAGAAAGGGGCUCCAGGACUCAAAGGUCACAAGGGUGACCCAGGAGUUGGGGUCCAGGGGUCCCCUGGGCCAAUUGGUCCUCCAGGUCUAAAGGGAGACUUGGGCCCCCCCGGCACCCCUGGUGCUCCUGGUAUUGUGGGGUUCCCUGGUCAGACAGGCCCUCGAGGAGAGAUGGGUCAGCCGGGCCCCAGUGGAGAGCGGGGUCUGGCAGGCCCCCCAGGGAGAGAGGGAGCCCCAGGUCACUUGGGGCCACCUGGACCCCUUGGGUUAGCGGGAGCACCUGGGGCCCCUGGACUCAAAGGAGACAAGGGAGACCCUGGAGCAGGGCCGCCUGGGGCCCGAGGCGAGCGUGGGGAGCCAGGUAUCCGGGGUGAAGAUGGCCGCCCCGGCCUGGAGGGACCCCGAGGACUCGUGGGUCCCCCAGGCAGCCGAGGGGAGCGUGGGGAGAAGGGUGACACUGGAACCUCAGGGCUAAAGGGUGACAAGGGUGACUCAGCUGUGAUUAUGGGGCCUCCGGGGCCACGGGGUGCCAAGGGGGACGUGGGUGAACGAGGGCCUCGGGGCAUAGAUGGUGAAAAAGGACCUCGGGGAGACAGUGGGGACCCUGGAGAAAAGGGCGCCAAGGGACAGACUGGAGACAAGGGCUCAGCCGGGUUGCUGGGAGUGCGUGGACUCACGGGACCCAAGGGUGAGCCUGGUGCUGCAGGGAUCCCUGGUGAGCCGGGAUCCCAAGGAAAAGACGGAGCCCCUGGUGUCCGAGGAGACAAAGGAGAUGUUGGCUUCAUGGGUCCCCGGGGCCUCAAGGGCGAACGGGGGGUUAAGGGAGCCUGUGGCCUUGAUGGAGAGAAGGGAGAUAAGGGAGAAGCUGGUCCCCCGGGCCGCCCAGGGCUGGCAGGACGCAAAGGAGAGUUGGGGGAGCCAGGUGUUCCAGGCCAGUCAGGGGCCCCUGGGAAGGAGGGCCUGAUCGGUCCCAAGGGUGACCGCGGUUUUGAUGGGCAGCCAGGACCCAAGGGUGACCAGGGCGAGAAAGGGGAGCGGGGGCCUCCAGGAAUUGGGGGCUUCCCAGGUCCCAGGGGCAGUGAUGGCUCUAGUGGUCCCCCCGGGCCACCUGGCAGUAUUGGUCCCAAAGGCCCUGAAGGACUUCAGGGCCAGAAGGGUGAACGAGGUCCCCCUGGAGAGAGUGUGGUGGGGGCCCCUGGGGUCCCUGGAACCCCAGGAGAGAGAGGGGAGCAGGGGCGGCCAGGACCUGCGGGGCCCCGUGGUGAGAAGGGAGAAGCUGCACUGACAGAGGAUGACAUUCGGGGCCUUGUGCGUCAGGAGAUGAGUCAGCAUUGCGCCUGCCAGGGACAGUUUAUCACAUCUGGAUCACGACCCCUCCCUAGUUACGCUGCAGACACCGCUGGCCCCCAGCUCCACGCCGUGCCCGUUCUCCGCAUCUCCCAUGCAGAGGAGGAAGGCCAGGUGCCCCCCGAGGACGAUGAGUACGAAUACUCUCAGUAUUCCGUGGAGGAAUACCAGGACCCUGAGGCUCCUUGGGAUGGCGAUGCCCCGGACCCCUGCUCACUUCCACUGGACGAGGGCUCCUGUACUGCCUACACCCUGCGCUGGUAUCAUCGGGCUGUGGCAGGUGGUACGGAGGUCUGUCACCCCUUUGUCUAUGGUGGCUGCGGAGGAAAUGCCAACCGUUUUGGGACCCGUGAAGCCUGUGAGCGCCGCUGCCCGCCCCAGGUGGCUCAGAGCCAGGGGACAGGUCACCACACAGAGAAAUGCUGGCGGAGGGUCACAUGCAUGAGACAGCACCCACCCCAGAUGGAUGGGGCCAUCAGGGGCAUCUCCAGACACAUUUGCAUGACCAACUGCCCGACGCUCAUUGUCAUGGUGGGGCUGCCUGCCAGGGGCAAGACCUACAUCUCUAAGAAGCUGACCCGCUACCUGAACUGGAUUGGCGUGCCCACGCGGGAAUUCAACGUUGGCCAGUAUCGCCGGGACAUGGUCAAGACAUACAAGUCUUUUGAGUUUUUCCUUCCAGACAAUGAAGAGGGCCUGAAAAUCAGGAAGCAGUGUGCCCUGGCAGCCCUCCGAGACGUUCGGCGGUUCCUUAGUGAGGAAGGGGGGCACGUGGCGGUUUUUGAUGCAACAAAUACCACCCGAGAACGGAGAGCGACCAUCUUUAAUUUUGGAGAACAGAACGGCUACAAGACCUUUUUCGUUGAGUCCAUCUGUGUGGAUCCUGAGGUCAUAGCUGCCAACAUCGUGCAAGUGAAACUGGGCAGCCCUGACUAUGUCAACCACGAUAGUGAUGAGGCCACGGAGGAUUUCAUGAGGCGCAUCGAGUGCUAUGAGAAUUCGUAUGAGUCGCUGGACGAGGACCUGGACAGGGAUCUGUCCUACAUCAAGAUCAUGGACGUAGGGCAGAGCUACAUCGUGAACCGCGUGGCUGACCACAUCCAGAGCCGCAUUGUGUAUUACCUCAUGAACAUCCAUGUGACGCCCCGCUCCAUCUACCUCUGCCGGCACGGGGAAAGCGAGCUCAACCUCAAGGGCCGGAUUGGCGGGGACCCAGGACUCUCCGCCCGGGGCAGGGAGUUUGCCAGGAGUCUGGCCCAGUUCAUCAGGGAUCAGAACAUCAAGGACCUAAAGGUUUGGACAAGCCAGAUGAAGAGGACAAUCCAGACAGCUGAGGCCCUGGGUGUGCCUUACGAGCAGUGGAAAGUUCUCAACGAGAUUGAUGCGGGCGUCUGUGAGGAAAUGACCUACGAGGAAAUUCAGGAUCAUUAUCCACUGGAAUUUGCCCUGCGAGACCAGGACAAGUACCGGUACCGGUACCCUAAGGGGGAGUCCUAUGAGGACCUGGUCCAGCGACUCGAGCCUGUCAUCAUGGAGCUGGAGCGGCAAGAGAACGUGCUGGUCAUCUGCCACCAGGCUGUGAUGCGCUGCCUCCUGGCCUACUUCCUUGACAAGGCGGCAGAACAGCUGCCCUACCUCAAGUGUCCGCUGCACACGGUCCUGAAGCUGACCCCUGUGGCUUAUGGUUGUAAAGUGGAGUCCAUAUUCCUGAAUGUGGCGGCCGUGAACACGCACCGGGACAGGCCUCAGAAUGUAGACAUCUCUCGGCCUCCGGAGGAAGCCCUUGUCACGGUGCCUGCUCACCAGUGACCGUGUGUCGUCCACUGCGACCCCCGGGCAGGUGUUGAUCUCUGCGGACGAGGUCAUUCCAGGCCCUCUGGUCUGUGUGACAUUCACCACACAGGAACACCCUCAAAGCCAUGCAUGGCUGGUGGCACCCAGAAUCCCAGCCCCAGCCCACCUGUUUCCUUGUUGACAGCGUCAGGGUUGUAUGCGGUGCCCAACCUGCUGCUAAAAACCGCUUGGCCUGACUACGUCUGCACCGGGCCGGUGAGAGGUUUCCCAGCCCCUGAUCUUUCUGUUUCCUCUCACCGGCCGGGUGGGCUUUGUGAAGUGUGAAACCAAAAAAUGUGAAACGGAAAGCACUUGCUGUGAUGUUUCCACCCACUGAGGCCGAGCUGCCUGGGUAGACCUGGGGACCCCUGCCAGGGCUCUGCUGCCCUUUCUUUGGCCACUUCCUGAGCCAGAGGCAAGGUGUUCAUGAGCUGCUGCUGCCUCAGUAAGCGGGAAAGAGCCAUCCCCGUCCUGCCUCGCCAGGAACUGAAGAGCUUCCGCCAAGGCAGCCAUCUCCACUGGCCAGACCCUUGGGUCCGUGCGUCUGCAUUUGUGGACGCUCAGGAAAGCAGUGUGUUCACUUUAGCACAUGGGAAUGCACAGAAACAUGCAUGGAGCGGGGUGUUUGCGAUUACCCCUUCCCAAUUAUGCCUACACUGGAAUACUCGUGGGAGCUGGUAGCCAAGGCCACCCCUCUCCAACUGCUCUCAUGGUGCAACACGUAAAGAAAGACGUGAAGAGUCGCCCUUCCCAGUGCUCGAGGGAGAGGCUGCCCUCCCAUCUUCCUCUCCCGGCCAUGCCACUGGGCUACCUUGCACGCUGCUGCCUGUGUCCACACAAGAGUGUACACUGGUGGCAGGGACCUGCAUUUGCUGUGAAGGAUUCGGAUAAGCUUGCAUGGUCCUGCAAAGCCUGUCCUGGCGUUUGUUGACCUCCACCCGCGGGACUAAGCACGGGAAAGCCCAGAGCUGGAGGCAGCCCCUAGCCAGGGCAGGAUUUUCCCAGCUUCUGAUUCUUGUACACAGGAGCCUGAUGAAAACGACCUCGGGAAGCCUACCAUCUGUCACGCCCCUGAGUUCUUUUGGGCCCAGGGAGUUGGGCUGGGCCGCAGGUUCCGGCUCCAUUUUGUAGCUGGGAGAACAGGCUGGCCAGCAAGUUGUGAGGCUGGGUGAGGAAGUGUGUGGAUUUGUAGUUGGAUGCGCUGCUGUCUACAGGUGGUGGUCCUUGGUGAAGUCAGGCCCCAGGAUCCUGUGUCCCUGGCCCAGGCUGAUGGUCUCUCGGCCUCGAGUGCCACAGCAGCUAUGGACAGACAUGGAUGGAGAGAUGUCCAGGACAGAGCCGUGGCAGUACCCUCCUUCUGGACUUACCUCCUGUCAGAGCCCCAGGCCCCUUAGACCCAGGGCCAGAGGACCACGCUACUGCCUUUGGGAUGUGGGGACUGCAGCCUUUACUUCCAUGUCUGCCAGAGUAUUGGUGACUUUUGGUCAUGCUCAGUUGUUGGCCAUAGCAGGUCCCUUUGGUCAGCGGCAUGUACAUCUAGAUGUCACCACCUCUCCAAGACCUCAGGCUGGCUGAGGUGAGACCAGCGAGGCCUUUUCUCUCUGUCCAGAGGGCAGCCAGGAGCUACUGGAGACGUGUCACAAGGACGGGGAUGGGGCGGAGGGAAGUCUGGGAUCCCAGCAGGGCUCACCCUGAGCCGGCUCUGCAUGGGCAGCCGUCCACCUGGCUGGCUGCCCGGUUGCAGCCGGGACGGUUGAUGUGCUCCUGUUGCAGACAUGUUUCCUGCUCGCCCUGGAAUGGAUGUUGUUGGAUCUCAGCCACACAUCACACUGUGUCCAACAUUCUUUGCAAUAAAUACUCUUUAAAAAAAGAACAAUCUAAGGUUGUGUCGUGUGGCCAGCUCGCCACUGGUGAGGUUCUUUCCAGCAGCUCUGCAAACCCCUGUGCUCUGCUCCCUCCCACCAGGUCUGUAUGGACCCUUGGUCCAGCUCCCACCCCCAUGACUACCCAUCCCUGGAGCGGAAACUGUCUUGCCCUGGAGUGAGCCCUGGGCAGGGCCCGGGUUUUCUCUGGGCUGACCUAGGUUGCUGGACCCUCACCGCUGAGACAGAAACAGAUGUAGGGGGGAUCUGGGGUCCCUGGAAAUGUGGGUCCCAAAUACUGGCAUCCCUGGAGAGGGGAACCAGAGGCUGGGUCGAGGAUGGAGGGCCUGCACAAGGCUGUGGGUGGAGCGUGCUGGCUGAUUCUCUGGUGUUCUUUGUCACUUCUGGCGUGGGGAAGAUGGUGACAAGAGGCACCCUUUCCUAUGCCUCAGAAUUUUUUUUUUCCUUUUACAUUAAAAAAAAUUAUUGAAGUAUAGUUGUUUUUUUUAAAAUUAUUUAUUUAUUUUUAUUUUUGGCUGCGUUGAGUCUUUGUUGCUGUGCGCAGGCUUUCUCUAGUUGUGGCGAGCGGGGGCUACUCUUCCUUGCGGUGCGUGGGCUUCUCAUUGCCCUGGCUUCUCUUGGUGCAGAGCACGGGCUCUAGGCACACAGGCUUCAGUAGU